AUGAGCGUCAACGCGGUGACGGUGGUAAUCUACAACGCAUGCAUCCUGGCCGACAUCACCGAGCCACCCAUGGAUUUCGUGAAGUCAUUAGUGAUGCUAACUGUGACGGAUAUUGUGAGAGCCACAGACGUCGAAAAGGCUCUCGACGACUUUGGAAGCUCUGCGGAGGCGGUGAAUGAUGGCAAACUCUUCGCGGCCAUAGAACUGUUGGCCCCGGCGCAGCGUUGCGCACUCGAUGUUCCGGACGAGAGGCCGUCUGAUGCCGAGCAGCUCCUCUAUUUUGCGGCUCGCAUGAGCACUCCAGCUGGUCAGCCCGUACACCAAGUCUUCCGCGCCCUGCUGUCCGCCGUCUUUUCGCACAAGGCCCGAGGCGAGCUCGAAGCGAUGGCAAACGAAACCGAAGAUUACUUCCGGAACUAUAGCCCUGCGGUGUUCUUCGACCUGCACGGCCAGAUGCGCUCAAUCUUCGUGCGGGACAAGGAGGCCAGCGAGGAGUUGAUCACCCGGCCGCGCGUCCUGGCCGGAAUCAAGGGCAGCAACGGAGCCCCGAUGCCGGGCGAGGUGGUCGAUAGGGAUAAGGUAUUACCGAAGCAGGCGCUCUUCGUGCUGUCCGCCAUGAAGAUGCAGAUGGUCAUGUUUGACUCGAUGAUUGCUGGAACCGUCGAGUUCCUCGUCGACCAGAAGGGCCACCACUAUUUCAUCGAGGUCAACGCGCGACUUCAGGUGGAGCACACCGUCACCGAGGAGGUCACUGGUGUCGACCUCGUGCAAGCGCAGAUCCGCGUGGCCGAGGGCAAGACGCUGGAGGACCUGAAGCUGAAGCAGGACACGAUCCACGUCAAUGGGGCCGCUAUCCAAUGCCGAUUGACAACUGAAGAUCCAGCUCGUGGAUUCCAGCCGGACUCGGGCCGCAUUGAGGUGUUCCGCUCUGGCGAGGGCAUGGGCAUUCGUCUCGACUCGGCCUCGGCCUAUGCCGGCUCGGUGAUCACGCCGCACUACGACUCGCUGCUGGUGAAAGUGAUCGCCUCAGCGCGCUCGCACAACAAAGCCGCCGCCAAGCUCGUCCGCGCCCUCAAGGAGUUCCGCAUCCGUGGCGUCAAGACGAAUGUUCCCUUCCUGCUCAACGUCCUCCAGCACAAAGCCUUUAUUGACGCCUCCGUCGACACCUACUUCAUCGACGAACACCCGGAAUUGUUUGCUUUCAAGCCCAGCCAAAAUCGUGCCCAGAAGCUGCUCACGUAUUUGGGCGAGAUCCAAGUCAACGGCGCCACCACCCCGCUUGCCACCACUACAAAGCCGGCCCACGUCGAGCCCCCGGUUCCCGACCUCAAAGCCGGCACCAAGCCCCCGGUCGGUCUCGGCAGCGUGCUGGUCAACGAGGGCCCCGAGGCGUUCGCGAAGGCCGUGCGCCGCAACAAGGGCUGCAUGAUCACCGACACAACUUUCAGGGAUGCUCAACUACGAUCUGGCCAAGAUCCGGCCGUUCGUCUCGCACAAGUUCCCGCACUUGUUCUCGCUGCAGAACGGGAGGGACUGCUUCGCGCUGCUAACGCGAUGGGCUACAGCAACUACCCGGACAACGUCAUCGACAAGUUUGCCGAGCUGGCCGUCAAGUCGGGCAUGGACAUCUUC